UCUCUCUCUCUCUCUCUCUCUCUCUCUCUCUCUCUCUCUCUCUCUCUCUCUCUCUCUCUCUACCUCCCAUACAUCUCAUAUUAUCUUUGCAUUUAUCUUUACUGGCGCGAAGGGGACAGGGGUUGGGAUAGAACAGGGGAGAACUUGGACUGGUACCGGUCAAAUCAUGUAGGACUUUCUAGAAGACAAGUCGAAGAGGGGCGGAGGGGGGCUGGAAUGGACAAUGUGCGGACAGGGCGACGGAGAAUACACGGUGUCACAGGUGUCUUUGGUAUGGUAGGGACCGGGACAGGUCGGUUCUCGGGGAAAUCAGGUAACGGGGAUACAACAUUUUGGUGGGCUGCACAUAGCAUUAUACCCUUCGCUUUGCUUUUGAUGGCUUCAGGAUCUGGGUUUUCGGUAUUGUCACAUAUGGGAUAGUCUCCUGAUAAUCAUAAUCGCUUGACAUCUUUUAAGAA